CUUUUAAAGGAUAAGAGAAGAGUAGCUUUCUUCUUCUUCCUCUCGGCUACUGCGACAGAGAAGAAGCUGCGAACUUUAAAUGUCACAGGCUGUAAUUUUCAAGCCGUUUGUUUCAGUUCCAUCAAGUAAUCACAGGUUUCCUUUUCUCCUUCCUUUCUACUUUUUACUUCUUAACCUUUUUGGAACAGCUUUCAUUUUGGACUUUGCUUUUGUUCUUGAGUUUUCUUUCGUUUUCAAUUGACGGGUUCGAUAAUUCUAUGGAAAAGGGACCGCCUUUCAAAAUUUCUACAAAAAUCCGUGUUGGGUUUCGUCUAAUUCAAUUGAUUGUGUAAGCUUUUUAGCAGCUGUGUCCAAAUGGGUUUAUCAUCUGAGGCUUAGCUACUGCUAGGGUUUAUGUUCUUUUCGUUUAGGCUAUUAAAAGUUUUGGUUUUUCAUUUACAAAUUCGUCCAUGUGUUUUGCUUUGUGUCAGCCAGAGGAAACUACAGAACAAUAUUAUCAAUGUUGGUGUUAAAAUCCAAAACCGAUUCAGAGUUGUUUGUAUGGGAAUGUUGGCUCCAAGGAAAUUCCUGCAAAAGAGGAGGAAAAUGGAGGUUUUCAAGGAUGCAGCUGACGAGACGGAUCAGAAGAGAUGGAGAGGGCUUAUGCUAGAGAUUGAAUCGACGGGUUCUGCUGUUCCGGUGCUUAGGCAAUACAAAACUGACGGUGACCAAGGUCUUCCAAGGGAUCUUGUUUUGGGUACUUUGGUUAGAUUUAAGCAGCUUAAGAAAUGGAACCUUGUCAGUGAGAUUCUUGAAUGGCUUAGAUACCAGAACUGGUGGAAUUUCAGUGAAAUAGACUUUUUGAUGCUCAUUACAGCUUAUGGGAAACUAGGAAACUUCAACGGAGCUGAAAGGGUUUUGAGUGUAUUGAGUAAGAUGGGCUCGACUCCAAACGUGAUUUCUUAUACCGCUCUCAUGGAAUCUUAUGGGAGAGGAGGCAAAUGCAACAAUGCUGAAGCGAUAUUUCGAAGGAUGCAGUCUUCAGGCCCAGAGCCUUCUGCUAUAACUUAUCAGAUUAUACUUAAGACUUUUGUAGAGGGGGACAAAUUUAAAGAAGCUGAAGAGGUUUUUGAGACUCUUUUAGAUGAGAAGAAAUCUCCAUUGAAGCCGGAUCAAAAGAUGUAUCACAUGAUGAUAUACAUGUACAAGAAGGCUGGCAACUAUGAGAAAGCUCGAAAAGUAUUUUCUUCAAUGGUUGGGAAAGGAGUUCCCCAGUCUACAGUCACUUACAAUAGCCUUAUGUCUUUCGAAACUAGUUAUAAAGAAGUUUCUAAGAUCUAUGACCAGAUGCAAAGAUCUGAUAUUCAACCCGACGUUGUAAGUUAUGCUUUACUUAUCAAAGCAUAUGGAAGAGCCAGAAGAGAGGAAGAAGCUCUAUCUGUUUUUGAAGAGAUGCUUGAUGCUGGUGUAAGGCCAACACAUAAAGCUUAUAACAUUUUGCUGGAUGCAUUUGCUAUUUCUGGGAUGGUGGAGCAAGCAAAGACUGUCUUUAAGAGCAUGCGGCGGGACAGAAUUUUCCCGGACCUCUGGUCGUACACAACUAUGUUAUCAGCAUAUGUGAAUGCAUCUGACAUGGAGGGUGCUGAGAAAUUCUUCAAGAGGAUAAAAGUAGACGGUUUUGAACCGAAUAUAGUCACCUACGGGACACUGAUAAAAGGGUAUGCGAAAGCGAACGAUGUUGAGAAGAUGAUGGAGGUAUAUGAGAAAAUGAGGUUAAGUGGAAUCAAAGCUAAUCAAACCAUCUUAACAACUAUCAUGGAUGCGUCUGGGAGGUGCAAGAAUUUCGGAAGUGCUCUUGGUUGGUAUAAAGAGAUGGAGAGCUGUGGGGUACCACCUGAUCAGAAAGCUAAGAAUGUGCUUUUAUCAUUGGCUUCAACUCAAGAUGAGCUAGAGGAAGCUAAGGAACUUACUGGUAUCAGAAAUGAAACAGCAACCAUUAUUGCUAGAGUUUAUGGAUCUGAUGAUGAUGAAGAGGGGGUAGAAGAUAUAAGUAGUGAAUCUAGUGACGAUGAGGAUGAAGGAGAUGACGAUGAUGAUGAUGCAAGAGAAACUGUGUUGUAUGAUAAACCACAAGAAGGGUCUUUGGGUUAUGGUAGCUUACAGACGGAAGAACUUGUGGGGUUAUGAAAAUUGCGAAAAGUCUUGUUUUUGUAAUCAUCUAAAGUCGCAGGAUAAGAUUUUGCAGAAGAGAACUAAGUAGGUCGUCCAUUAUUUUUCUCUGUAGUUAACGAAUCCUCAAAUAACUUCAUAAGAAUCAAAAGGUUACUUAUUUC